UUCUUUAAGAAAAAAAAAAAAGUUCAAGUCUUGUGCUAAGUCUGUGAGCCCUGCGAUUAUGCGCCUCAUGGCUCUGCUCCCAGGUUUCAGGAAAGGGAUUGGAUGUUAUUUAGCUCCUCCCAGAAGAAACUUUUCCAGGAGCCCAGGAGCCCAGGAGCCCGAGCAGACAGGUCCCGCCAAGUAUGAUGCUGUAGGACGGGAAUUCAGAGAACUUUUCUCGGCUGAGGAAACAGCUCUUCGUGGAUUUUGAGAAGCCGCGGGAUCUAGAAUCAGCGCAACCCUAACUCCAUGAAGUCUCCAUUACGCCGCGCUCCCGCCUGGGCAGGUCACACCCCAGGUCCCAGGUCACUCCCGGAGCCCAGACCUCGGCCUAGGGUCCCGAAGACCGGCAAGUUACCAGUCGUUGUCCUUCUGCUUCUGAGCGUCUUCGGCAGAGUGCUAGCUGAUCACCAAGAUGUGCAGCAGAGCCCAUCAGAAGGAAAAUGUCUACCAGGCUCCUACUUGUCAGAUGAGGAUGGUUGCGUGCCCUGCAUGGAUGGUAUAGAUUACACCAGCCACGCCAACAAUCUGCCUUCGUGCAUAAUGUGCAGCACCUGUACGGCAGGUGAAGAUGAAAUAAUGAGAUGCAACUCCACCCAGGACACCAAGUGUCAGUGCAAACCAGGCACCUUUAAAGAUGAAAACUCUACUGAGCUCUGCCAGAAGUGCUCCAAGUGCACCGAUGAAGAGUCUGAAAAGGCUUCCUGUACCCCGAACACAAACCGGAAAUGUGUACCCAAAGACUCUCGAUCUAACUUAGGCCUCAUCAUAGGGCCCUUGAUGGGGCUGCUGCUGCUGCUGCUGCUUAUUAUUCUUGCAGUUGUAUUUAUCUGGAUUCCUGGGGCACGGGGGCGAGCAUUGCAGUUCGUGAAAAGAGCCUGUCCAGGCCGUGAACAGCAGUCUGAAAAUGCUGUGCCUCUCACAGAAGUGCGGACAUCCAACCCGGAAAAUGACUCUCCUGCAAUGAAGGCCUCAGAGGAACCCGAGGAAGCUGCGGAUUCUCCAACAGAAAAUGAGCUGCUAGUUCCGGCAAAUGGAAUCAACACAGUUGAUGGACAGCCUCCUGCAGCAGAUGGACCUCACAGACAAUGAGAUUCAAGUGACCAGGGCUGAAAGCCAGGCACCAGGAGAAACCUUGUACCAAAUUCUGCUCAAGUGGCUCAACCAGACAGGCCGGAGUGCUUCCAUCAAUGAUCUCCUGGAUGCCUUGAAAGCUAUGGAAGAGAGGAUUGUGCCCUGGACACAAUCAAAGACGAUGUAGUGAAAUCUGGAAAGUUCAUUUAUCAAAAAGCUACAGCGGAGCCAGGCAUGAUGACACUCAUCUUUGAUACCAGCACUGAAGAGACAGAGGCAGGAGAAUCUCUGUGAGUUCAAAUGGUUUAU